GUUUUCCAGUGAGGACCUGUUCUAUCCACCCAUCUGUGUCUACUCUUCGUGACUGGUUAACCACGUUAACAUGCUUCCCACAGAAUGCAGUUUUACCCGUCUCAGAAAACAUCUGACUGGCAAUAAAUACCCCAACUUCGUCCUCUCUCUCUCUAGAAGAGAAUCCUUAAUGCUACACUCUAUUGCACACCUUCAGGAUCUGAUCGGAUCUCUCGAACUUAAGAAUCGCCUUUAACACUGAACCCGGUCUCUCACCACCAGCAAUCCGAUCUUCCUCGACAUCAGGCGUCCUCCUCAACACUUUCGGUCACGCUACAAUGGCAGAAAAAGUUCAGACUAGGCUCCUUAUCCUGUCCGACACGCACGGCGAAGAUUUCAGCUCUGAGGAUCGGCCUCGACAGCGUGUGGAUGUGGCUCUACACUGUGGUGACCUCACUGACGUCUCAAAGCUUGACGAAUUCCAAACCUCAAUCGAGAUGCUCAAGAAGAUCGACGCUCCACUCAAGUUGGUUAUUGCUGGAAACCAUGAUUUUACUAUGGACAUCACUGCUUUCGAAGCCAAACUUGCGGAGCCAUCGCAACCCCUAGAACCUGAAAUUGUGGCUCGAGAAUACGGAACCCUAGGGCAAGCAAGACAAUUAUUCGACGACGCAAAGAGUGAGGGCAUCGUCCUUUUAGAUGAGGGAACCCAUCACUUUGUACUGGAAAAUGGAGCGAUGCUAAAAGUUUUUGCCAGUCCGUACACUCCAGCCUUAGGCGCAUGGGGCUUUCAAUAUCACCCAAACAAUGGGCGUCGAUUUCAUAUCGAGGAAGAUACCGACAUCGUCAUGACGCACGGCCCUCCAAAAGGCAUUAUGGAUAUCACUUACGGCCGAGAACGCGCUGGCUGCCCAGAUCUCUUUACCGCCGUUGCCCGUGCUCGACCUCGCGUCCACUGCUUUGGCCAUAUCCACGAGGGUUGGGGUGCAAAGGUAGUGACCUGGAAAGACAGCGGAAUUGAUCAACCAUCCCACUUCACCUCUAUCGACAAUGAAAAUUCGACAAUUGUCGAGAGAUUAGCUACGCUCCGAGCAAGCACAUUCGACUCGGAUGAGACCACCCUAGAAAAGCGCGCGAAACUGGAAAAGCUGAAGCACAAUAAAUGUGCCGCAACAAGUCACAGGAACAAAGAUGACUAUCAGCUGGAUGCGGGCAAGGAAACACUCUUCGUCAACGCCUCAAUUAUGGGACACGAGGACUUUACGCAGAGACCUUGGUUGGUGGAUUUGGAGCUGGCGAAGUACACGGAAUGAAGAACCCAGUAAUGUGUCCAAAAUUUGUAUUAAAAUUACAAAUUAAGAUAUGAGGAAAUGGUAUGCAAGCGGC